GGCUGUGACCCGGGCGUUCGCUGUGACCCCGCGUGAGGAAAAGCAGCAGGUGCGGUCGGCGGCUGCCGAGUGUGUUCGGUUUGACUCGGUCGGGGACGCGCGGAACAGUCGGAGAGGAGACUCGGGGACAGAACGGCGUCCGGGAGCCAUUGAACUGUGGAGACCGCGGACCGGUACAGGUGGCACGCGGGUAGACAGUUGCGAAUUUUAGAUUGGGAGUGAAUCCUGUGAUUGCAGCCAUGGGCUCCUCAACAUCUUCUCCUGCUACUGCAGUAAACACCUCAAAUACUUCAGAUCACCAGCCAGCUUCACCCCCUUCAGGAUGCCCGAUGCAUAAAGGGCAAAGGAAAGGCUGUCCAGUGACUUCAGCAACAUCUGAUCAUCUGACCCGUGAGAGCAAAGCACACUCUGUGCCUGCUCACCAAGACCGGGCCUAUGAGUAUGUGGAAUGCCCUGUGACUGGUGCUGCAACUAAGGAUAAGGAGAACCUUGAUCCUUUAAACCUGAUGCCACCACCUAAUCAGACACCAUCCCCAGAUCAGCCAUUUACGUUGUCUACCUCAAGAGAGGAGUCAUCAAUUCCAAGAGCCGACUCUGAGAAAAAGUGGGUUUACCCUUCUGAACAGAUGUUCUGGAAUGCCAUGUUACGGAAAGGGUGGAAGUGGAAGGAUGAUGAUAUUAGUCAGAAAGAUAUGUACAAUAUCAUUAGAAUUCACAAUCAGAAUAAUGAGCAAGCUUGGAAGGAGAUUUUGAAAUGGGAAGCCCUUCACGCUCAUGAGUGUCCUUGUGGCCCGUCAUUGGUCCGAUUUGGAGGCAAAGCAAGAGAGUAUUCACCAAGAGCAAGAAUUCGUUCCUGGAUGGGGUAUGAAUUGCCCUUUGACCGCCAUGACUGGAUCAUCAAUCGUUGUGGCACAGAAGUUAGGUAUGUGAUUGAUUACUAUGAUGGCGGUGAGGUCAACAAGGACUACCAGUUCACUAUCCUGGAUGUUCGUCCUGCCUUUGAUUCAUUUUCAGCAGUAUGGGACAGGAUGAAGGUUGCUUGGUGGCGCUGGACUUCGUAACCACUAUUUUGUUAUGAAAAAAGUGAAACUUUUUUCCUGAGAAAGCUGUUAAAUUAUUUUCCCCAAACUAAAUGCACUCAUAAUGUCACUGAGGGUACUUUUCAAGUGAGUGGUCAUACUUGAUCUUGUAUUUAGUAAAGAUGUCAUGCUCCGUUAAAUUUUGAGUCAUGUUUUCUAUUGCAGAUAAUAGGUCAGUUUAAUAUUUUUUUCCCUGUUUGGUAUAAGUGGGAAGCAGUCCCUUAGUUUUCAUAUUAACUGCAGUAUUUCAUGUUAUUUUCUGUAGACUUCUUCUGAAAAAGAGGUUUUAAAAAAGCAUAAACUAUUGUUUUUAUGCUUACUGUUUCCUCAGGAGUAUUUGAGAUAAAAAAACCUGAAAGUGUGUGAUGCUUUUACCUGCCAAAUAAUUUAACUAUAUUCAUUUUAAAUAAGCACUUAGUCUUGUUUUAAAAGUAACUAAUAUCUCUAAAAUCCCUGUGUUCUAAGUAGCAAUUCUGAACAAAAUAUACAAGUAUAUACUGAAUGUACUCUGCAAGACUGACAUGUUUAAAUGUAAUUUCAGAUUUGACCUUGAUAGAAAUUUCAACUUGAUACAUACAAAUUUCAAAAUACUUGGUUUUUUAUUUCUGUUCAAGUAUGUAACAAUUAAUGUAAAGCUGAUCACACCAUCAAAGUUGACAAAUUAUCUUAAAUUAUCUCAGCCCAUUUCAUCUUCCCACUAGGAGCUUGCCAUCAGUAGUGUAAUGUAAACCUUGAGAGCCUGGCUUCAGUCACAGUGCCAGCAGUGUUCCUUUGACAAAUAAGAUUAUAUUUGGCUAAGUGUUAGAAUUCACAAGAAGUGCAUUUUUCUCAGAUGUGGAAUGUUUACAUCAAUUCACCAUUGUUUUGAUGUUUGUUUUAAGCAAGUGCUAAGUUUGCUGUUGAAAACUGGUUAUUUUGCUGGGCAGUAGUAGCACAAGUCUUUAACCCCAACACACUCCAUGGACCUCUGAGUUUGAGGCCAGUCUGGUCUACAGAUUGAGUUCCAUGACAGCCAGGAAAAUCCUCUCUAAAACCCAAAAGGAAAAGAAAAGAAAACAAGAUGUAUAGCUAUACUGGUUGUAUAGCAACAUGUUAGAAAUAACUUUUUUCUUAAGUGCUGAUAAUAUGAAAAAUAUUUAAUUCAUCCUAAAUACUGUAGUAUUAAGUUAGUGGACAGAGUUGGUGUUUUUGAGUUAUUUGAUGUAGGUUUCUUUGUUGUAUGAUGUUUUAAAAAUCCAACAUGUGAAAAUAUUUGUAUUUUUAAAAUAAAGCUAACAGUUAAAAGGUUCUGUAA